AUGGGUCUGCCGAACGAUAUCAUCUCAGAAUGGGUGCUUUCCAACGUUAAGAAGUUUGACGACAAGCUUAUUGGAGAACCGGUGAACGGUACAAGAAAAAUCUCCGGUCAAAUAUUAUCACCUCCGGAUACUGUGAUGGCAUCAAGCACGACAUCCUCCUCUGCCGAAGUGGAACAUGCGCAUCCUGACCUUGAGGUUCCACUCAACCUCUAUUCUAUCCAAGCGUUCGAAUUUAUAGGAUUCACGGCAAGCGCUUCAAAGUGGCUCCUCGAUAUCUGGGCCCUUGACGACGAAGGCGACCUCGAAGACGCCAUGAUCGCUCGCAUUGUGAACUUCGGCGGUCAUGAUUCUGAUGACGAGCGGACCAGUAUGAGUAAGAUCGGAAUUUCCGCAGAAUUGCAAGAGAAGGUCAUGGACCCUGAGUAUGAAGACGUGAGAAGCACCCAGUGGUUGAGUUACUGGAUACUGGAGACUAUCUUCGAAAAUCUUUGGACACUCAAGAAUCUAAGUGAACGACUCAACCGAAACCUGGCUGUUCUUCAGUCCGGUAAGACCCCGUUCGCUUCGCUACGUGGCGGCGCCCCUGAGGACAGGUCAAAGUACCACUUGACCCAAGUUGGUCACACAACUCUCUACCGGUCAACGUCAGCAGCACAACUCGAGAGAGUUUUUGGGGAACACUCGCUCAACCUCGACCUGAAUUUCCAAUUCGGAAGAGGAAUCCAUACAGGUGACUUCCACAAUGAAAGAAGGGGUUACUGCUGGAGCACUCAACACUGGGUCUCUGAACACUUUGCAGCAUAUACAUGCAGCCGCAUCAAAUCACCAACAUAUGUCUGCGUCAUCCGGGCUUUGGUACCUACCCAUCUCUUACAAGGACAAGGUGUCUGGGCUCUGCCUUUCGGAGACGACUGGAAAAAAUUGGUCUGGCAUUCCACAAGGGAGUUAAUUUACCCUGCGGAUAUCCAAAAGAAGCUUGACAAGUCCACACUUAUCAUUGGACCGGUCUCGAUCAAUUUCUCGGAGUUGAAGUCCUGGAAACAGGCGACGGAGGACAGAAACUGCUAUACAGUAAAAGGAGAAGUCGCUAAGCAGUACGUCUGGGUUGGAAUGGCAUCGAUGGCGGCGAUGAAUGAGCCAUUGAAAGAGAAAUGGGAUCUCUUUAGAGGCAGAUGGAAGCUCUGCACCAAAGAUCCGUAUGCUGACUGCAGCCCUCGCCAUAUCCCUGAGCCUCAGAAGUGGGCGAAAAUGCAACUGGAGGAUAUGCAUUGA